GACACGUGAAAACAUCAGUGGAGAUCACUUGCCACAGAUGACUGAGGAGAGACUGGAAAAGAUUGGAGUUCAAACAAUGGGGAAGAGGUUUUCUGUUGUAGAAAUCAUCAACGCACUUACAAGAACCUCCCAUCAAAGCCUGAAAACCAAGGUUUUCAAUGACUCGGUUCACGGCCAUAUUGACUUUGAUCCACUGCUAAUCAAGAUCAUAGACACGCCGCAGUUUCAAAGAUUACGCUUCAUAAAGCAACUUGGCUGCAGCUAUUUUGUCUUUCCAGGAGCUGCACACAAUCGAUUUGAACACUCGCUAGGAGUGUGCUACCUUGCUAGAGAGCUUGUCCUCUCCCUUCAACGAAAGCAACCAGAGCUUGAGAUCACGGACAAAGAUAUCCUCUGUGUGCAGAUUGCUGGUCUUUGUCAUGAUCUAGGUCAUGGUCCAUUCUCACACAUGUUUGAUCUAUUCUUCAUUCCUAAGGUCAGACCUGACUUUAAACACAAGCAUGAGCACCUGUCUGUGCUGAUGUUCGAUCAUCUGAUCAAGGAGAAUCAUCUAGAGGCCAAGCUGAAAGAGAGCGGUUUAAAGGAACAGGAUCUUCUAUUCAUCAGAGAACAGAUUGAAGGGUUACCUAAAGACUCUAGUCAGAAUCAGAAUGGUAGAGAGUGGCUGUACAAAGGACGAGGUCGGGAGAAGAGCUUCCUCUAUGAGAUUGUGGCUAACAAAAGGAACGGCAUCGAUGUGGAUAAAUGGGAUUACUUUGCCCGCGACUGUUACAACCUGGGAAUAGCUAACAGUUUUGAUCACAAGAGGUACAUGAAAUUUGCCAGAGUGAUCCAGGUAGAGGGAGAGAAACAGAUAUGCAGCCGAGACAAGGAGAUAGGCAAUCUGUAUGACAUGUUCCACACAAGAAAUACCCUCCAUCGGAGAGCUUACCAGCACAAAGUAAACAAAAUCAUUGAAACAAUGAUGGUAGAGGCUCUGAUCAAAGCUGAUCCACAUCUCAGGAUCUUUCCAAGAGCCAAUGGGACAAAGCUGACCAUGUCUGAGUCAUUGGAUGACAUGCAUGCCUACACACACCUGACAGACAGUGUGCUAGAACAUAUCCUCUUCUCACAGAAGGGGAGUCUCAAGGAAUCCAAAGACAUCAUUCAGAAGAUCCUCACCAGACAGCUCUACAAGUGUGUAGGACAGUCACAACCACCAGCAGACACAAAACU